AUGGCUACAUCCACGCGAGUUGUUUCCGUCCAGCGGCUCAGCAAAGGGCCCGGCAAUUUGUCUCUGGCCGAAUGGUGGAAACAGGAGCGCAAUCAACAAACGCCCGAAUCCAAGGCCAUCGAAGAAGCUGCUGAACUUCUUCGUUCAAGUGACCUUCCUGUUGCCUUUCCUACUGAGACUGUAUACGGGUUGGGAGCCGAUGCCACACGCAGUGCUUCCGUCCAGGGCAUCUACCGCGCCAAACAGCGGCCUUCGGACAACCCGCUGAUCAUUCAUGUGGACUCACUCGACAUGCUUGAUCGCCUACUUAAUCCGACUUACCAAAAUAACUCCAACUCAACCAAGACACCGCCCAUCGGCAUCCCCUCAAUCUAUAACUCCCUGAUUGAACGAUUUUGGCCCGGCGCACUCACCAUCAUUCUACCUAAUCCCUCCGGCUCUUUACUGGCUCCCGAGGUCACCUCCAACCUGACGACAUUCGGCGUGCGCAUGCCCUCUUCACCACUGGCACGUCUCCUAAUUCACGCGACAGACCGUCCUCUCGCCGCACCAUCCGCCAACGCAUCCACCAAGCCAUCCCCCACAACCGCGCAGCAUGUAUACCACGAUCUCCAAAAUCGCAUUGAGUUGAUUCUGGACGGUGGCCCAUCCGGCGUUGGUGUCGAGAGCACCGUGGUCGACGGCCUCUGCGACCCUCCAGCCAUUCUGCGCCCCGGCGGUAUCGGCAUUGACGAGAUUCGCAAAUGCGAAGGAUGGGAAAACGUGGCAGUCGCCUACAAGGACGGCACGCUCGACGUGAAGGAGGUUCCCCGUGCACCAGGCAUGAAGUACCGCCACUACUCCCCAAAAGCCCGAGUUGUCCUAUUCGAGCCCACAUCCAACCCAGUCGGAGUGGUGAAGCACGUCAAUAAGGACCUGCAUGAUUCAGCCAUUGGCGCACACAAUAUUGGUAUUAUCCGCACGCGCAACUGGAAACUGGGCCUGGAGCUUGCCCCGGAAGCUGAGGUUGCCGCUACCGUGAAACCGGUAUCUAGUCCCAUGGAGGCUAUUGUCAGUUUCCCGAUUCCCGUACAGGAGAAUGGUAACCCGAGUAGCCGUACUAAGAUGGCAUACGAUAUGUAUCUUGGUCCGGAUGCCGUCUCCAUUGCGCAUGGUCUUUUCGCUGCCUUGCGCGCGCUGGACGAUCUUGAUGUUGAUGUGAUCUACGUUGAGGGUGUGUCCGAUAGCGAGGGCGACCUUGCUGCGGCCGUGAUGAACCGACUACGGAAGGCUGCUGGUGCUGAAUUGCGAGCUUAG